GGUCGACGAGUUGGUAAAUGUAGGCUUGGGAUUGGUUGGUAUUUUGAGAUUAGGCGAGGAAGCGAUCCCAAGCGAAAAAUAUCAGGAGAUAUUGCAAGAUUUACUGUGCUGAAGCUUGCUGACCGUUGCUGACAGUUGCACGUCUUCGUAUGAUAUUUUGAAUGAUGAGGCGAUCAUGGUUCGUUUUGCUCUUGGGGGUGAAAUUUCUGAUGUUGGAUGAGGCUGUGAUGUUGGCUGGAAUCUUGUUUUGGGAUGGGUUGCGGGCUUGGAAAGAGGAUUUGUAAAUAGGUUGGUUGUGGGUAGGUAUCGAUAUUCUCAUACGGAGGAGUCUUAUAUAUUUGGCCUCGCUGCUUGGCCACUUUGCUUCCAUGUUUUAUCCUAUCAUCAUACAAUUCAAUCGUACAGUGAUACAAAUUCCACUCAAUCACAACAUACACACAUAUCACUUAACUCAACCCGACCAAUCUAAUCAAAUCUCUCCCCACAAACCUUAACUUUGACACAAAACCCUUACUCCCAACCAACCAAUCAUAAAGUCAAAAAUCAUGUCCCCAAUAAUUCGACAAGUCGCCUCCCGCCGCACCUUCUCCAUCUUCACCCAAGUUCGCCAACUCGCACGUGGUUUCGAGCCCCAUCCUUUCGAACGCUAUCCCAUUUCACAACAAGCUGCUAAAGCUGACUGGAGUAAAUUGGUCAAAAGAACUGCUGGAAAUGCUGUAUUGUGAGUUUUCUUCUUUCAAGCUUUGUGGAGUAGACUUCUGGGACUGGUUAGAUGGAGUGAUGUUGAGUGAGAUGUAUGCUAAUCGUGUAAAUAGCUAUUUCCCCGGUUUCGCACUUGUGCUUGGAUGGCCUUUAUUGGCCGAGAAGGUUGUUAAGGUAGUUCAGUAGUAGAGCUAGGAGGGCGCGUACAAGACAAAGGAGGAAAAUGUGAUGUAAAUAUAGGAUAGGUGGUGGAAUGGGGAGCGAGAUCUUGCAUUGUGCAUAGUUGGCGGCGUCUUGGGGCGGCGAUUUGGGACCAUUUUGAAAUGCAUGAUGGUUAGAUCGUUUUUGCAAAGAGUCUAGAUGAAUAAUACAACACAUACACAACU